AUGAUCAACCGAUUCAACUUCGUCCCAACUGCGAUGACGAUGGCGACGGUGCUGCCACUGCUGCGCCUCCUCCUGUCGGGCAUCCUGCAGGAGACGCAGCAGGCGAGGCGGGACUUCGAGCCCCCAAGGCAUCUCGCCAGAUAUUAUGACUUCAUUGUGGUGGGCUCGGGCUCCGGCGGCAGCGUUACAGCCUCGCGUCUCUCGGAGGUGCCGGAGUGGAAAGUGCUGGUGCUGGAGGCCGGGGGGCUCCCGCCGCAGGAGAGCUACGUGCCGGGGCUGGUCGGCCUCGGCUACUUCCGCGGGAACAACAACUGGGAUUACGUCACGGAGCCCCAGCGACACGGCCUCAUGAACUUCGUCGAGAGGCGCGGUACGAUCCCGCACGCGCGUGUGCUGGGGGGCUCCACCACCACCAACGGCAUGCUGUACGUCCGGGGGAACCGCCUGGACUUCGACCACUGGGCCAACUUUGGCAACCCUGGCUGGGACUACGACUCGGUCCUCUACUACUUCAAAAAGGCCGAGGACUACCGAGGCAUUCCCACCAACGAGACAGAACACUACCACGGCCGCGGUGGCCCUCUGGUUGUAACCCCUGAACCCAAAACGGGAAAACUUGCACAAGCUUUCCUCUACGCCGGAAGGGAACUUGGGUUUGAUGUCGUCGAUCCGAACGGGCGGGAGCAGAUAGGAUUCGCUAAGCCGGAAUAUACCAUCUGCGGCGGCCUGCGGUGUUCCGUGGCGCAGGCCUACCUCCGCCCCGCCCUGCGUCGUAACCCGAAUCUACACGUUCUCUACGAAGCCUUCGUCUACAGGGUCUUAUUCAACAAGCAUAAAAGGGCGAUUGGUGUGCAGUAUUCUUACAGAGGAAGAGUUCACACAGCUUAUGCCAAAAAGGAAGUUAUAAUCUCAGCUGGUGCCCUGGCGUCCCCCAAACUCUUAAUGCUGUCUGGAGUCGGUCCUUCGCCGCAUCUGAAACACCACAAGCUGAAGGUGGUCGCUGACGUACCGGGUGUGGGCCAGAACCUCCAAGAUCACCUCGGUGUCUACGGCCUCACCUGGACCAUCAAGCCCAACAGCGUCGACAGCUUGGACAACGUCGCGUCUCUGGGUUCCGUGCAGAGAUAUGUGCACUAUAGAAAAGGACCAUACUCAGCACCUCUCGGGGACUACGGCAGUGCGUGGGUCAAGGUGACGAAGGGCGGCUAUGAGUCUUUCCCAGAUGUGCAGCUUUACCUCUCGCCCGCAGCUUUUAAUAUGGACAUGGGGCUUUUCUUGCCGCAUAUAUAUGGAUUUGAUAGGAAUAAAUACAGUGAUUACGCAAGUCCUCUCUUCGGCCGCGACGGAUUCACAAUGAACCUGUACCUCUUGAGACCUAAAAGUCGUGGAGCGGUUUCACUUAGGUCGAAUAGGCCUCGAGACCUGCCGGUUAUUGAUCCCAAUUACAUGAGCCAUCCGUAUGACGUGGAAACGCUGAUCGAAGGAAUCCGAUUUGCAAUAAAAGUGGGCAAUUGCACUUCCCUCACAAAGCGUUUCAAGGCCAAGUUUCACGACAUGAUUGUUCCUGGCUGCGAGGGGAUAGUCUUCAACACCGAUAGAUACUGGGCCUGUUAUAUCAAGCACAUGGCCUCCUCCUUCUGGCAUCCUGCAGGCACUUGCAAGAUGGGGCCUGACACUGAUCCUCUUGCAGUGGUGGACAGUAGACUAAGAGUGAGAGGUGUGAGAGGUCUCCGUGUCAUAGAUGCCUCCAUAAUGCCAGUGGUGGUAUCAGGCAACCCCAAUGCCCCGGUGAUCAUGAUAGGCGAAAAAGCAGCCGACAUGAUCAAAGAAGACUGGGGUAUGCACGCCCACAUGUAGUUCCUGUU